GAGGUCAGGGGUUUAUCUUUCUGGUUUAUGCAAUGCCUGGCUAUCUGAGACAGAUGAUAAAGAGAGAUACCAUCUGGCUGACGUCAUGGCGGAUACUAAUGAGGAGAGUUACCAUAUGAACUCCAAGCCGCGAGGGAUCUGUUUGAUCAUUGACAACAUAACCGAGGCAUCAACCCGUCCUCCCCACAAACAUAGGUUAUCCGAAACUUUCAGGAAGUUACACUUUGAUGUUCAGUUUCACACUCGCCUCGAUGAUGCCCAUUUUACGCGUGUGAUUCAAUGUGUUGCGAAUAUAGACCACGAUAAGUUUGACUGUGUCGUCGUAUUCAUCACCGCUCACGGCGACGACGAUGUGGUGUGUAGCGUCGACGACAGGGAUCUUCAUAUUGAUGAAUUGGCCAGUUACUUCAAGCCUGAAAACUGUCCGUCUCUGGCUGGUAAACCCAAGUUGUUCUUUAUAGAGGCAUGUCGGGGAGAAGAUAAGCAGCAUGCACUCAAGCUGGUGGAUACAGUAGACGCUUCGAGAGCCGCACGCUUUCCAAAUGAAGCCGAUUUCUUUUUCGGCUACUCAACGGUGAAGUCGUACGUCACCUACAACGGCUGGUACAGGAAGCUUGUUGCAGAUACAUUUGAUCAAAAGGCCAAACGUGACCACCUCCUGGAUAUGAUGACCGAAGUCAAUCGCAAGAUGUCCGAACUUGAGCACCUGGAUGACGACGGGUCGCUCACUAUCCAGACUUCGGAGAUGACCAGUCGUCUCAGAAGAAAGGUCUUUUUUAACCCAUAGACCUUAUGAACAGCGCCCACACCCGGAGUGUGCGAAUGACACAAAUACCAGACGCAUACAGUGAGUGAGUGAGUGACUUUACCGCCGCUUUUAACAGUAUUUACGUUUUAUCACGGUGUUAUCGUGGGAGGGAAACAUGAUUCAGGUCGUUUGGUUUGUUGGUUGUUUAACGCCUCCCUCAGCAAUAUUGCAGCUAAAUGAUGGCGGUCUGUAAAUAAUCGAGUCUAGACCAGGCAAUCUAGUGAUUAAUAUCAUAAGCAUCGAUCCACGCAAUUGGGAUCGAUGACAUGCAUCAACCGAUCCCGUUAGUCGCCUUUUACGGCAAGCAUGGGUUGUGAAGACCCCUUCUAUUCCAGGAUCUUCACGGGCCUGAUGAAGGUCGCAUUGGUUUUACAGGGUAUAUGUGAUGUCAUUUCAGCAACAUCGCAAUUGUGUUUUUUUUUAUAAUUCUGUGUUAUCACUGCAAUUUGAAUAUUAUCAAGUUUUUAUUUGUGUUAUUUAUUUUUUGUAAUAAAUAUAUAUCUGCA